GCCUGUAAGUGCAAUUUUGCAGACUUGCUUCAUCCGUGCUCCGUCGGCGUUCACCUCCGCAUUAGUUAAGAACCGCAUGGCUGGAUUUCUUGUGUAAGACCUGGUUACCAACGACGAAGGGGCCAGGCAAUAGAGAUUCAUGUCUACGUAGUUCUUUUAACUAAGUCAGGAGUUGGUGAAUUAGCUAGGAUGGUCAGGUUGGCUAUGAAUAGGCUUGCUCGUGGAUUAAAAGGACUAGAACUCAGGCACUAAUCUAGAGCAAAAGAGCGUCCGGUAUUCGGACGCUGCCCUAUAGAGAAAAAAAAUCAGAAAUUUUAUUUUUCUUUGAAAACCUCAAAAACGAGGUCUGGCCAGGGGUGGGGCGAUACAGAAGCAAUAAAUCCCAAGAUUCAGUGCCCUUUUUCUGAUAUAAAGUGCCCUUUUUUCACUCACGGUGCCCUAAAGGAAAAUAUACCACAGCGUCAACAAUCUUCACGUAACAUAUACUUAUCUUCGCGAAGAAACUCGUGUGCGCUGCCAUGUUUACAUUUCGUGUUGUUUCCGUAGGUCAUUCACACUAAAUAUACUUCCACGCUAUCUAAAAUUGUUUGUUUUAUUUUGGUUUUAUUACCAACACAUGUGCACAACACAUAUUUUCGAUUUUUUAAACAAAAACACGAAUUGAACACCAUGUGUUUCGAAUUCUUUUCAAUUGUUUUGAAACAAUGAAAUAAUAAUUUAUUAAUGUCUUAUUAUGUUACGUAAUUACAUAAUCGACUUAAAGAAGAUUUCCAGAUUAUUUAUCCAAAGAAGUUGAAUUUCGUGAAGUUCACAGUUCGGGUUCAAAAUGCCAACGAAAAAAAGAUUAGAAAAGAAAAAAAACAUAGAGAAGUUAAAGGCUGCUAAAGGCUCAAAAACUAUUGCGCAAUGUUUUAGCUAUAAACAAGAUGAAGCUUCUAAUUCACAAUCGUCAAGUCUUGUCGAGAAUAGUGAAUUGAUCACGGAGGACUCUUCCGAUGAAGAAGUAUUAGAAAAAACAUGUAGCGAGGAGGACAGUGUUACGGAUAAAUCAGACGAAGAUGAAGAUGAAGUUUUAAACGACCCUGUUCCUGCUCCAACUGAAAACGAACAACGGCCUCACAUAGAUCACCGUCUUUACGAUCAAAGUAAAUACGAAAACAUAUAUCCUUGGCUUUACUACAACCAAGCUAUACAUGGAUAUAUGUGUAAAAUUUGCGAUGUGUAUUACGCUACUACGGCCUGUCCAAGUGGGGGUGAUCGAGGGGCAUGGUCACACAAAGGAGUCCAUUUCAAUGAAAAUGCUGGAAAAAAACUGAAACGCCAUUCGAAGGCAAGUAGGCACAUCAGAGCUGUCAAUGCUAUGACAAAUCUCCGUAUCACCGAUACCUUGGGUAAUGCCCCACAAGUUUCAGUAGCAGACCGACGGGAAGCUAAUUCCUUGUAUGUAGGAAAAUUGAUUCGCAUUGUGCAUUUUCUUGCAAGAAACAAUCUUCCAGUCAAGGCGUUAUAUCCUAAGAUGAUUGACUUCCUUGCAAACGAAAUGGAGGAGCCUAUCAUAAAACAGUAUCUCCGUAACUGCGCUAAGAAUGCCCAAUACACUUCUCAUGAGACAUGCGACGGAUUACUCACUGCAUUGGACGAGUAUUUAUGGAAACAAACUGACGAGAGGAUCCAAAAAUCUGUUGACUUAGUAUUGUUUGCGGACGAGUCCUCUAAUGCUGCAAGGAGAGAAAUGCUUGGGAUUUUCAUAAGCUCAUACGACGAAGACAAACAAGAUCUAUUUAUGGACUUUAUUUCCUUAGUCGAGGUAUCGUCAACCCAGUCGGAAAUCGUUAUGAACGCUGUGGUAACUGUAAUGAAAGACAGGGACAUUGACAUUAAAAAGACGAGAUUUUCGUGUCUCGACGGAACUAACUCCAUGUCAGGAGAACAUAAUGGUCUCCAACGGAGGAUAAGAAACUAUGCACCUCAUGCAAUUUAUGUCAACUGUCGCUGCCAUCGUCUCGCUUUGUGUUUUAAGCACUUGAUGGACGAUUUCCCAUGGCUCAAAACAAUCGAUGCGUUGCUUUUAGGUCUGUGGAAAACUUUCCAUUUCAGCAGCAAGAAUCGAUACAUCCUGAGAGAAAUUCAAGAGGCGUACGGGUUGAAGGCUCUGAAUGUCAUAAAAGCUGCUGUUACGCGAUGGCUCUCUCAUGGCGCUGCUUGCAAACGCUGUAGAGAGAGAUAUGGGAUGAUCAUUUCGGCCCUUGACGAUAUUGUUACUCGAAAUCCCAAGCCCGAAUUGAUAGGAUAUCGAUCUGAGCUUUUGAAUGUGAACACAGUUCUCCAGAUAACGUUUCUCGAAGAUGUGUUAUCUGUAAUCAAUGGUCUUUCAAUGGUUUUACAAUCUGAUCAUAAAGAUUUUGGUGCAGUACGACGUGUUAUGGCUACCACAAUUUCUAUUUUGAGAGAUAUGGCGUCGAAUAAAAAUAGCAUUUAUUUGAAAAGCUUUAAUUCACACAAAGAAAUUCUCACGCAAGUUGAAUCGUUCACGAAACAGAAUGUUGCUUCACGCGGAACUCGCAAAAGAUUGAAAGUCGACUAUUCUAUCAAUGCUGAAGAAUUCCAUGAGAAAUACGGUAGUCCAUUCAUCACAGGAUUUAUAGGAGAGAUGGAAGCAGCAUUCGAUAUGUCCUGCAUGGCACCCGUGGAAUCUUUAUUAGUUUUUGAUCCUGUUGGUAUACCAGAAUCGACUGACGUAACAUUUUCAAAUUAUGGCAACGAUUCCUUAAAAGUGGCGUUUGAUUUUUACGGCAACUCUGCUAAAGAUACCUAUCAAGGCCGAACAGUGUUAAGCAAUCCUAUCAUUGAUUGCACAAACGAGUCUCUUCAAAUGGAAUACGCGGGUUAUAAAAAUUAUGUCACAACUCGUAAGAUUGCAUUGAGGGCCGAAUUAUCCUGUGAAGAAAAGAGCGCUAAAGCCAAACUCCUCAACGCUGAAGCUGACAAGCGGAAGACAAAACGGGAGAUUAAGGCAAUCCAGGAUGACUUAAAAAGUAUUGUCGACAAGAAACGAUCACCUUUAACAGCAAUCGAUCUCUUGCGUGAUAGCGUUGUUUCUUCUGCCUUCCCGAAUGUUCGAACUCUGCUUCGUCUAUAUGCUCUUGUGCCUCAAUCAGAGGCUGUGGUGGAACGUGGUUUUUCUCGUAUGAAGCUCAUCAUGAACGACAAACGGACCAAUCUCGACCAAAAAAGUUUAGAUGCCUUGAUGCGCAUCUCGCAUGCAACAAAUCCUCUAUCCAAUAGGGAAGUCGACAGAGUUUUACAGAUUUGGAAAACAAAUCGUAACAGACGCAUAUUUUCAUCGGAAAUAUAGUAUCUUUCUCAACGAAAAAAAUUGUUAACAAAGUCUCUGUGAAAAUAAGCUAAAGUUUCGGAAUGAUAUAGAACAAUACUUUUUCGCCGAGAAAGAUUUAUGCAUAAUAUACUUUGUUGUAAUUUGAGUACAAUUUAAGAAAGGGACUGUGGUCAGUAUUUUGCUAAUCACGCAAUCAUUGUUUCUUCGUUCGUUCAUAAUGGUACCGGCAACGGCGUAGUCGGCGUGACUGUUUCGUCGACUAUCGUUGAUGGUUGUGAUGUAGUUGGGCUUGUGCUUUGUGUUUCUAAAUGAAUACUAAUGGAAACAAGUACUGAUGAGAAGAAACAACUUGGUUGAAUGUUAUCAAAAUAAGCCUGGGAAAUGCUAUAUUAGCCAUUCUAGAGCGUUCACAAACCCCAAAUUUUUUUUGGCCCCCAACCAUGGUGGGGGCCAUUUUUUCCACUGCCCUUUUUGUAAGCAUAGGUACGCUGCCUCCAAUUUCUAGAUUAGUGCCUGGAACUAUUCAAUAAUUCCGAGAUCUAAACAAAUGGAAGUGUCCGACCAAGACUGAAAUCUAUCGGACGUUUUGUCCGACGAAAGUUUAAAACGGGCUACGGACAUGUCCGACCAAACUGGAAAUGUGGCGGACAUUUUGUCUGACGAGUCUCCAAAAAUUAUUUCGAGGGCUGUAUGAUAGUCUAAUUAGUCUACGAUAGCCUUUUUAGGCGAUUUAUCUCUCCUAAUUAGGCUAUUAACAUGGUUUUUGCUGCCUAUUGCUGUUCUGUUACAUAGUCGCAAUGAUUUUAUUAGCUAAAAACAUUCUAUAGAACCUCCUUUUGGUGGUCCAAAUAUAUUUUUCUUUAUUAUUUGCGCUGUCAGAAGAUAUAGCGUUAAGUUUGUUUUGAUUAAGAACGCAUGCGCUG